AGAAAGACGGAUCACGUCGAAGAUGAUACAGUUGUUCGAGCUCGGGGGUUGCCAUGGCAAGCAACUGACGCAGACAUACAGAGCUUCUUCAGUGGGAUUAACAUCGCACCAGGAGGAAUUGCCUUGGCGCUCAGCAGAAUCGGCCGGCGGAAUGGCGAAGCUCUCAUUCGUUUGACAGAUGGAGAUCAACGGAAUCUAGCUCUACGAAAACACAAACAUCAUAUGGGCCAACGCUACAUCGAAAUAUAUACGGCUUUAGGCCGUGAUUUUAUAACCGUUGCUGGAGGUAAGUAG